AUGAUCAUAAACAAGAAACGAGAGCGACGACAAUGGGAAGUGCGAUUGGUCAGUGAGAAAAAUCAACUGGAGAAGAAUUUCGCCGAAGAGAAGAUGAAGCUGAUGAAUCGGUUGCAGGAAGAUUUUGAUGCUGAAUUGCAACGGAUAUCAUCCAUUGUCAACCGUCCAGAGAACGGAACUGCCGCUGAGCAUUAUAAGCGUCAGAUCAAGACUCUCGAAUCUUCUCUCGAAAAUCAGAAGAAGAGCUAUGAGCGACGAUUGGCUGAGCUUCGAGAGCGAUUCAAAAAUUCACUUCGUUCCCAUAAUAACGUUUACCUCUCCGAGAGCAGUACACCAAAUUUCUUCUCCCUCGUAGAA